GGCGGGUCCUCAGCAGGCGGUCCCAGACUAGUAGGCGGCUUCAACCCUGACUUCUUGCUUCUGUUGAUUUGCCAGAACAGCGUAGCCUCUACAGGCAAUUAACGGCUAAAGAUGAGGGUAAACAUGAUACGAGGAUAUACAUUACUCUUACUUCAUUACUUGCUCACCCAAACAAAAGCAGAAAUCACAGAUUUUAAUUGGAAGAACACAGGACCUGGAAGACGCAUCACCGAUAGCAGCCAAGUCCUGGUCAAAAUAGACCAAGCGCCCUUGCUCAUCUGUUCGUUCAGAUGCUCUUCGAUUCUAGAAUGCUUGGCCUUCAAUUACGGAGGUCCCUCUCAAACGUGUGAGUUGCUCAAAACAACACCCAUCGUGGCAGGGCUCCUUUCGUCUCCGGCAGUGGCGGAAGCACCUGACUGGAACAUUUAUACUUACGCCAAGCCUCAAAAGUGUCCUGCAGGCGGGGUUCCUUUGCCUUACGACAUCCCCUACAACCUAGGAGGACCGACUGUGGAGGGCUACACCUGCAGCAGCCACUCUUGGAUUCUGGACCAGAUGAAAAAUGGAAUGAAUGCUUGCCGUUUGGUUUGGUAUGCAAAAACAGAUGUCUCCGGAAAUGACGCUCCUAACUACAAUGGAAAAACCAACCCUUAUCAUGAAGCACUAAGAAACUGCUUCGUCAGCAAGUGUGUGGGUGUAGCCUGCGAUGCAGCCUUAACUACGUGCUGGUUGAAAACCACACCAGUAGCAGACAUUCAACCAUUCGUGGGAAAUACAGGCGACAGAAAUUACUGGCGCACCGAAUGCCAGUAGUGGGAGAGUCCAAAAACACCGGCCCUCUAGCGGACGCAAUUUGCCCUACAGAAAGUGACCCGUCUCUGGUGCACAGUGAAACUCCUUCUCUGGUGUACAGCAAAACUUCUCUGAUGCACAGCAAAACUCCUUCUCUGGUGCACAGCAAAACUCAGUCUCUGGUGCACAGCAAAACUCCGUCUCUGGUGCACAGCAAAGCUCCUUCUCUGGUGUACAGCAAAACUCCGUCUCUGGUGCACAGCAAAACUCCUCUGGUGUACAGCAAAACUCAGUCUCUGGUGCACAGCAAAACUCCGUCUCUGGUGCACAGCAAAACUCAGUCUCUGGUGUACAGCAAAACUCCGUCUCUGGUGCACAGCAAAACUCUAGUAUCAUAACACUAACGACUGGCUCUUUCUUUGAGAUGUCGUAUGAAUGACUUAUGUGCACUUUCAACUAAAAAAAAAAAGGUGGAAUAUGCACAGGACACACAGGUAUAAACCUAAAAAUCACCCAAGGCACAAAAAUAUUGCUUUGGAACAUCACUACUUUUUUUUUCACCUGUUUCCAAUCACUGUUUUUGCCAUUCACGACAGAUGUGUGGCUAACAAUGUAGAAGGGGGUUUUGACAUAUGAACACUUCUAGGAACAUUUUGAAGUAUACAUGUGAUAUGGAAAAGUUUCUCGGUAGUCACGAUAGCCAGCCAAAAUCAGAUGAAAACUAAGCUCGAAAUGGCAACAGCCCAGGCCUGCAUGAAGGCAGGAAUACUAGAGUAGAUUCACAUCAACGUGCAUCUGAUGUCUAGGCCGGUCUCUUAC